CCACACACACACGCACGAAUAACCCAAGUCUACAGCAUUAUUUGUGAGCGCAUGCGAGUGUGGGACAGACUCGACCCUCCCACGGCCGCUCUGCGUCAACAAGGAGUUUAUUCAACGUCCCGUUGCUGAUUUCUAUUUGUUUGUCUCUAACCGCGUAUCCACUCAGUCUUAGGAAUGCCAUGGCUACUCAGAACAACCAGGAUUACUUCAGGUCGGUCAGCAGCGAGUCCACCAGAUACAUGAUGGUUCCGGCGAACAGCCACGGUCGAGACGCGCCGUCAAAGUUAUGGAUCGCGAUGGUGGUGAUCGUGGUGGUCGUGCUGCAGAUCGCUUCGACCACCGGACUCUUUGUCUACUUAAACAUGUCUUUAUCGCAGGUUAAAAAUCAGGGGGUUACAGAAGAGCUGCGGUGCUUGGGCUUGCUCAACGCCCUGGAUAAAGACCGGGACAUUCCCGAAGACCUGGCCCAAUUGUUUGGAGAACCUUGCAUCAAGCUGGCUGAGGGUAUCAAAGCCUAUAUUUCCAAGGUUACAGAUAGUAUCAUCUCCAAACAGGCUUUCCACGAAGCAAGAGCCAUACCUCAUUCAUAUAAUACAUCAGGGUCAAAGUUCAUGACCACAGUGACACAGCGACCGUCAGCCCACCUGACUCUUAGCAGCAUACCAGUUGGUGCUCAAUACUUCACCCCUCAACCAGACCUGCACCAGUCCUGCCGCCACCCUGUACGUUCCUGGGCCAACCAGAGCUUCGGCGCCCAUCUUCACAACAUGACACUGGCUAAUGGACGCCUUCGCGUACCCCAGGGUGGCCGCUACUACCUGUACUCCCAGGUGUACUUCCGCUACCCCUCUCCCAGCGAGGGUGAUCAAAACAGCGUGAGCCACCAGCUGGUUCAGUGCAUCUAUAAGAAAACCUCCUACCUGAGGCCGAUUCAGCUGCUGAAGGGAGUGGGGACCAAAUGUUGGGCUCCGGACGCAGAAUACGCCCUUCACUCAGUGUACCAAGGCGGCCUGUUUGAGCUGCAAGCAGGCGACGAGGUCUUUGUGUCCGUCUCAUCUCCAACAAUGGUGCAUGGUGAGGACUCUUCUAGCUAUUUUGGAGCUUUCCGUCUGGACCUGUAAGAACAUACCAGAGGAGCUAAACCAGGACUUAUCCCAUUGGGUGGAUAGUUUUGGGGCCGUGACCCAAAGAGAAAAGACUUCAUCGUUCAACUUCCCUUUCCUUAAGACUUCAAAUAUGUGAAGGAUGUGUGAAUGAGAGACAUUUCAGACAAGGUUAUUUCUUUUAAAGACAGAGGAAUGUAUGUAUAUUUCUACAGAUCACAUCUAAGAUGUGAACCUUUGAAACGGUAGCAAAAAAAGAAGAAGAGGAGAGACAAAAACUCACAUACAGUGAAUCAGUGCCAAUCGUGUAUAGGGUUUAACGUGUGAACCCGCUGGAGGGGAAUACUUUGUGAACAGCGGAUCUAAAACAGUUUUAAAAACCGAGAUAUGAGAAGAGAAUGAUGACAGCGGGAAUGUGGAGGAAUGAAAGAUGAGAGGGGAAGUAUGCAGCUCUGCCAGCCUCAAAGGAGCAUCCUGGCAGUGUGCAGGACUGUGGAAUUCUCCCCGUCCUGUCGGACCCGCGGAGCAACAUGCCCGGACAAGAAAAGGACCUAAAAAAAAAGUUCACACGCACACAUAAACAAAGAGGAAUUCAGCUUGUUGCAUAGAUCGCAUUUAAGAGCACUCACUUUCUUGAGCAUUUAUGGCUUCAACGCAUACAAAACAGCGAUAAGAUACAACACGCAUAUAUAUACACGUUUAGUCUGAGAUACAUAUCAUUUUUACAAGUCUCCCUCUGCUGUCUAGUCUGGGGUGCAGGAGGAAGUACUGUCAGGGAGGGACACACUGAGACACAUGCUUCCCAGCUCACGUGGUGCCAGACAUAUGAAAGCUUAAAUAAACACUACGCUACAUGGUUUGUUGAAAUGUCUCUGCCAUAUAAUGCUUCCUUUUUGUAGUGUGCUGUACACACAUCCAAAACCACUCUCCAAGUGGCCUGACAAGUGCCUCUUCUUAGUUGUACAUCCAUCUCUUUCUCUAUGUGGUUGUUUGGUUCAACCUGUGUAUAUAAGAUUGUAUUUAAUUCAAAAUCAUUAGGUUUGGAAAUGAAUGUAGAAGCGUUGUAAUGUUCUCCCAUGAAAAUGCCACAAAAUGCGCCUCACGCUGUAAAUGUAAUGUGGUGGCAUUCUCCAAAUGAAAUGUUUUUUUGUGAGGGAAAAGUGUUCGAAGUAGGAGUGGGUGAGGGUGAUUUUUUUUUUUCACCGUAAAUGAUUGAGUGCUGUCACAGUGGUGUUUCUGAGAGUGAGAACAAACACUCGCUUGGGAUUCAUUGUAAACCCCGAGCAUGUUUUCUUCUCUCUGGACUCUGCCCCAGUUUUUACUGAUAAAGUCAGUGAGGCCCCUGCCAAGACAGUGCCUUAAAUCACAUCAUACAGCGAGAGCGAACGAGCCAAGACUCUUUGUGGCAUUUAACUAUGUUCAUAAUAUUAGUUAUACCACACAUUACAAAACUUAAUUCUGUCUGACUCUUAUCUGCAGUUAGUCUGGAUUAGGAAAUUUGGAUGUUGAAUCAAUCCAAAACUAAUUAUUCUUCAGCAGGUUAAUGCUUUUGGCGCAAGUGCACUUCUCUCAACUGGUAUAACAUGCCGCAAUGGCAAAAUCUCUCUAUACAGGGUGCUUUUUUUAUGUUUUAAGGGAAUAUGAUGUAAGAAAGCACUAGACUUUGAAACCUCCGGUCUCAUAGACGAGGCUUAAACCUAAAAUGCAUGUCUGGGCUGUUUUAACUGAAAAUAAGUUGCACUGACUGAUCUUAAAAUAUGUCAGAUUCAUUGUUUUAUCUCAAGAUGCACAGUAAUGUUUUUAUCUAAGGCAUAUUUCUAAAAACUACUUAAAUGUCCUAAUUGAAUAAUGGCCUAACCCUGGUUUAACCCAAGCCCUGUCUGUGAAACCGGGUCUGUAUGUGUGAGUGCUUUGGGUUGUCGUUAUGCACUGAUCGGAGACCACACUCAAUCUAAACACUAAGUUUAAUCAUGUUUAGUGAGGUUCAAAGUAUGUUUUAGAUCAGUGUUGAAGUUAGAUAUGACCUCAUCAGUGCUUAUCACCCAUCAUUUCGCAGCCCAGUGAGACUUGCUCUGCUUAGCAAAAACAUUUUGUCAUGACGUUCCAAACCUGUACGACUUUCUUCUGUGGAACAAAAAAGGAACUAUUUUUUAAAAUGUUUGUGUGUUGGCAUUGAAAUUCAAUGGGUUCCAAAGCAACACUGGGCUCCGGGAGUCCAGUGCAAAAGAAAAGCUAGUAAGUCAAACAGGUUUGAAAUGAGGGCGAGUAAAUGGUAGAACUUUCAUUUUUGGGUGAACUUUCCCCAAAGGAGUCUAGAUAAUCCUACCGAUUUCGCACUAAGCGAGCUCAUUAUCCCAGUCAAUCUGCUCCAGCCCGCCCAGGGUCUUGUGUGAGUGUGCACGUGUGUAUACAAGUUGAAAUAUGUAGCUAUCAGUUCAACACAGGGGUCAUAGUGGAGUGAGGGGUGGCCAGGAAAGAGAAAUAUGGCUGAAUUCCAGCGGCUCUAGAUGAAUUACAGCAGGACUUGCCCUCUGAACCACAAAGAACCACAGCGUGAACUCAGAAGACAAAUGUACGUUAGGUGCGUACAUAAGAGUGUGUUUGUUUUUGAAUUAAAUGCUUGACUGGUUUCUAAACCAUGGACGUGAUGGUUUGCAUACUUUUCGGAGGCUUUACGGGACUGCUGUGAAAAACUUGAGCGGGGCAGAACAGUGAAAUCCAAUGAGCAGCGUGAACUGUUAGUUAAAAACAAACGGGCUAUUGUAUUUCCUUUUCCACAGAGAGUUUGUUAUUUUCUUUGUGAUUGUUAAAUUCUCUGACCACCAAUCUGUGGGACUGUUUUCCAUUUAGAAAAAAGAUGCUAUGCACUGUUUACCAAAGUUGCAUCUCUAUCUUGGUAAGAAUGUACAGAUAUCUCUCGCACUCUCCCUUUAUUGAAUCAUUUUACAGUGUCCUUAAAACAUAAGUUCGAGGUGUCAUUUUUAACAAUUAAAGUGCCUUUUUUUGAA